UUAUUUGAAUUAUUUCAAUCGAAAAUUGAUACAAAAAAUGAACCACUUAAACAAUCAAAACAUUCGAUACAAUCAAGAUCAAUACGAAUGCCAAUCUUCAUUGAAUCAACAUAUUUAAUUGGUUUUCAAUAUGAAAAUUUACUUACAGUAUUAGAAUUAUAUUAUUAUAAUCAUACUAUUUAUAAUUGUGCAAUAUUUGAUAUGAAAGAACAGACAAGAAAAAAAGAAUCAAAAAUUUAUAUAAAAAAAUAUGGCCAUAAUAAAUCAUAUUCAAAACAUCGUAUUGAUUAUAAUUUAAUGUUAUUAAUUAUACAUUCAUGUACAUUAUAUGCAUUAAAAAGAUAUACAAAUAAUAUAUUAAUUAAAACGGAUAAUAGUAGCAAAUUUUUCAAUGAUAAUGAUCUGAAAAAAGAUGAUAAUAAAUUUAUGGAUUUUAUUGCACCGAAAACCAAAUGGUGUGGUAUUGAUGAUGUAGCAAAAAGUUAUUGGGAUCUUGGUAAUCAACCAUUGGUUGAUAUUUGUUGCAGGGAACAUGAUCAUUGCCCUAUACAUAUUAAAUCAAAGCAAACUAAACAUGGUUUACAUAAUAAUAAUAUGUUUAUGGUAUCAUAUUGUCAAUGUGAACAAUUUUUUUAUGAUUGUUUACAUCGUCGAAAAGGUAUACAUUAUGAAGAUGUUAUCAGAGAAUUAUAUUUUUUACGUUUUGAUGUUGAUUGUAUUGAUACAAUUGAUUGUAAUGCUAAAUGG